AGGUUUCAGUUCGAAAAUCGCGAUAGAAAGUGGCGUUAAAUCCAAUUUCUACUCCGCACCGGUAAUUUUUUCAAAAAAUUAUUAUAAAUGAAAGUGUACAUAUUGAUUCUUCUAAAUUUAAAUUAUAUCGUACGUGGAUAUAAUGAGGUGGUUGUUAGAAUUAUUGGCGGUCCUCUAAUAGCACAAUUAUUAGCAGAAGAGCAUGGACAUUAUUAUAAAGGACCAGUGAUGGGUUUUGAAGACACUUAUAUAUUGAUUCCAAUGGAAAACGUUUACGAAAGUUAUCAAAAACGAGGACAUUAUACCAAAAAACUUUUCAGUGAUCACAGAGUUGUAUGGGUAGAAGAACAAGUUACAAAAUCGAGACAAAAGAGAGAUUUUCUAGCUCCCGAAGACGUACCCAAAGAAAGAGUAAAGCGAUUAGAAGAUGUUUUUACAAGUGAUAGAAUAUUUAAUGAUGAAUUAUGGACACAACAAUGGUAUUUGCGAAAUACAAGAUCGCAACUAAGCUAUCCACAUCUAGAUUUGAACGUAUUGCCUGUAUACGACAUCGGCCUUACAGGUAAAGGGGUAAGAAUAUUAAUUCUUGACGAUGGUAUUGAAUACACUCACGACGAUUUAAUAGAAAAUUAUGAUUCGGAAAUUAGUUGGGAUUGUAACGAAGACGAUAACGAUCCAUUUCCUAGAAUGGAUGAAUCGAAAUCUAAUAAUCAUGGUACUCGAUGCGCAGGAGAAAUAGCUAUGAGUGCUAAUAAUAGAAAAUGUGGGGUAGGAAUAGCAUUUGGAGCAAAAAUUGGAGGUAUUAAAAUGUUGGAUGGUUCAAUUAGUGAUCGUAUCGAAGGUACAGCUUUAGGUUAUGCUCGACAUUUGGUAGAUAUAUAUAGCGCUUCUUGGGGGCCAAACGAUGACGGCAAAACUCUAGAUGGUCCUGGUAGAUUAGCGGCAGAAGCAAUAGAGAGAGGAAUUAACGAGGGACGUGGUGGUAAAGGUGCAAUUUACGUUUGGGCAUCUGGAAAUGGUGGAAAGAAUAAUGACAAUUGUAACUGCGAUGGUUAUUUGGCUAGUCCCUAUACUAUAUCAAUAGGAAGCGUAUCACAAAAAGGAGAGUUUCCAUGGUAUGGAGAAGCUUGUGCUUCUACUUUGGCAGUCACAUAUUCUUCUGGGGCGUAUAGAGAUCAAAUGAUUGCAACUACGGAUGUUAAUAAUGCAUGUACGACUAAACAUACUGGAACUUCAGCUUCAGCACCACUAGCAGCUGGAAUUAUAGCUUUAGCACUGGAAGCAAAUGGAAACUUAACAUGGCGAGAUAUACAACAUUUGAUUGUAUGGACAUCAGAUAUAAUACCUUUAAUAAAUAACGAUGGAUGGCAAAGGAACUCGGCUGGGUUUUGGUUUAACGAUAGAUUUGGUUUCGGAGUAAUGAAUGCUUUUAAUUUAAUCAGUAAUGCGAUAACAUGGAAAACUGUUCCAGAAAGAACACUGUGUUACAUGGAAAUACCGGUAAAUUCAACAUUAUCACCUAAUAGAUCACUAAAAAUCGUCAAAUAUUCCGAUGGUUGUAUAGGAACCGAUCACCAAGUGAAUUAUUUAGAACAUGUAGAGUUAAGAACUAAUAUUAAUUAUACAUGCAGAGGGGCUUUACAGAUCCAAAUAAUUUCACCCUCAGGUACAACGGUGGACAUGUUGACUCCUAGAAAAUUGGAUAAAAGCGAACAGGGAUUGAAAAAUUGGACUUUCAUGUCGGUUAUGACCUGGGGAGAAGCUGCCGAAGGGACAUGGAUCAUAUUUGUUAAAGAUACGACCUCGUAUAAGAGAAAUUAUGGCGUCGUCGGAAAUAUGCAUCUCAUAUUACACGGUACCAAAACACUUCCUAAUCAUAUGCAAAAAGGUCCCAGAGAUUACAACAUUAAGAACACAAAUUUUGAAGACAUGUUAAUAAAUAGUGUAUAUUAAUUGAAAAUAAAUAUGGAAUUGUA